CCUCCCUACACGAAGGAACUCGACCUUAGAUAAUAGAAAGGGCUAUUGUUUGCUGGCAGCAUAACACUAACAGAUGCCCCAUCUGCAUGCAAUUUCAUCAAAGGAAGGUCGUUUCAUUUUAUCAUUUUAUGGCCAAAUCUGCAUAUGGUACUCAUUAUGUUUGGAAUGGUUAGGUACUUUCGUCUCCUUGGUUUCAUAGCUUUUCCUCUUCUUUCUUUGUACCUCAAAAGCUACUUAGAACGUUCAAAGUCAAAAUGUCUAUGUUUAUCAAUAAGUUUAGAGUUCAGCCCAAAUCUAGUCCUCACUCUAUUUGAUCUUAUUUAAUAUUGUGUUCUGAGAGCAUUGACAUCAUUAUUUCUGUGUGUGCAACAAAACUUUCUUGUUGCCGUCAAAACUCACUCCCACCUCUCAUGGAAUUGAAAAGAAUGCGCGCAUAAUUUAUUUUGGAAAGGGAUUAGAAAAUUUUAUUCUCUCCCACAUACAAAUUUUCACAUCUGCAUAUUUCUGCUUUUAUGCUGAACAAAUCAUCUUUGGACAUAAUAAUUUCUUCAAUGGAGAGGGAUCGUGACCUGCAUAGCUACCUUCUUUUUUAAUUUUUUUUAAUUAAUUUAUAAAAUCAACGGGAAAGGGGAUUUGAAACUUGUGAUAUUCUAACAUUGGAAAAAAAAACAAAAUACAGGAGACCACUUGCUGUGAGAAGAAAUUCUUUUGUAUAAUCGCCUUCUGACAAUAUCUAAUAAGAUAAGGUUGGUUUGUUGUGAGAGGAUGAUUGUAUACAACGAUCUUAUAUAAAAAAAGGUUAAUAUAUAUUUAUUCUUUUUGGGAGAGGGGUUGUAUAUAACAGUUGUAUACAAAAAUGAAACAGGCAGCAAAAGGGUAUGAUGGGUAAAUUUCCAGCUGGGCAUUUGAAAAACAGUUGAAAGAGGCGGAAAAACGUUGGGUCUCUCGGGAGUCUCUCAUUUGGUCCUCACGUUUCGCUGAGACUGUUGCAAAUGCUGUCUUUCUCAACGAUUUUUAACUGUACAUUGUUAAUGCUGAUGCCUCUUCUUUCCUCUUCCUCUCUAAUUUUAGCCAACUCACAUCAUCUCUCUCAGAAAACCAACCCAAGAAACACCCCACUAACAACAACAUUCACCAACAAAAAACAUACAACAAAACACAAAACAAGAAAAUAUAAAGUUUAGGAUGCCUGCUCUUUUUUUUACCUUAAUCAAUCUAUCAGCAUCUUCACCCAAAAAUCCUCCUCUUUUUCUGAUUCAAAACCCAUAACCCACCACCCUUUUCUUGUGAUUGUUUUUUUUAAAAAAAAAAAAAUUGUUUUUGCUUUCUGGGUUUUGCUUCCCUUUUUGUGCUUUGAAAGGAUGAUCCACUUCCACAACAUUCUGGUGUUGUGGGUUGUUUUAUUUGGGUUCUUCACAACUGGGGUUUAUUCCAAGACUAAUUCCCAAGAUGUCACUUCACUUAAUGUGAUGUAUAACAGCAUAAACUCUCGUUCGAAACUAAGUGGUUGGAAAUCAAGUGGAGGAGACCCUUGCGGCGAUUCCUGGAAAGGGAUAAAAUGCUCAGGCUCAUCUGUAACUGAAAUAGAUCUGUCUGACCUUGGGCUCAGUGGAUCAAUGGGCUACCAGCUUGCAAGCUUAACAUCUGUCACUCGCUUUGAUUUAAGCAAGAACAACCUCAAUGGCGAUAUACCGUAUCAACUGCCUCCGAAUGCAAAGUACAUAGAUCUUUCUCAAAAUGCCUUCACAAAUACUGUGCCAUAUUCAAUAUCUCAGAUGUCUGACCUUGAAACUCUAAAUCUUGGUCGUAACAAGCUCAAUGGACAGUUGACUGAUAUGUUUGGGAAACUUACUAAACUCAAAGAGCUGGAUUUAUCGCACAACUCAAUGACUGGCAACUUGCCUCAGAGUUUUGGAAAGCUCUCAAGCCUGAAAAAAUUGAAUCUGCAGAACAAUCAAUUUACUGGUCAAAUCACUCUACUUGUGUACACUCCCGUUGAGGACCUGAAUAUUGAAAACAACCGCUUUUCUGGCUGGAUCCCUAACGAGUUGAAGGGUAUAAACAUAAAGUCUGGAGGAAAUUCUUGGUCGUCUGGACCAUCUCCACCUUCUCCCCCUGGUGCACGCCGUAAUAGAGGAGGAGGGUCUUCCUCACAGAGUGGUGGGGGGAAGUCUUCUGUAGCCACUGGAUUAACCAUAGCUGGGAUAGCUCUGGCCAUAUUGUUGGUGCUUGCAAUUAUAAUUGCCCUUUUUUCAAGAAGAAGACGUUCUUCUACUUCACACCUCCUUGAUGAUGACAGGCUUAGCCAGCGUAAAUCCUUUGGUGCCUCCUAUUCAUCUAAGGAAUUAUCUAGAGAACUGAAUUCUUCAUUCAGAAAUAAAGAUGAUAUGCCGGUGACAGAUCCUGGAGCCGUUUCAAUUGACAUAAAGCCUGUUUCAAAAUCUCCAUCAAUUGGUUUUAAGUCGAUUUCUGGACGUUUGCAAUCCUUUGCCAGAAGAAGCACCUCUGUAAAAGCUACGAAUUACGCUUUGGCAGAUUUGCAGGUUGCUACUGCUAACUUUGCACCCACUCGCCUUCUUGGGCAGGGUACCAUUGGACGUGUCUAUAGGGCUAAAUAUGAUGAUGGGAAGGUUUUGGCUGUGAAAAAGAUUGACUCCUCAUUGUUUCAAGGCUCAGCGCCACAAGAAUUUUCUGACAUUGUUGUAAAUAUCUCCAAGAUUCGCAAUGCCAACAUCGCCGAACUUGUUGGUUAUUGUUCAGAACACGGGCAUAACAUGUUAAUUUACGAGUACUUCAGGAAUGGCUCGCUUCAUGAAUUCUUACACAUGUCAGAUGACUACAGUAAUCCCCUAACUUGGAACACAAGAGUCAGAAUUGCUUUAGGCACUGCCCGGGCUGUUGAGUACCUCCAUGAAGGCUGCUCUCCAUCCACAGUUCACAAGAACAUCAAAUCAUCAAAUAUUUUUCUUGACAUUGAACUCAAUCCUCGUCUCUGCGAUUAUGGCUUGGCAACCUUCCAUCAGCGUACUAGCCAAAACCUUGGGAUGGGAUACAACGCUCCAGAAUGCACUAAGCCAUCAGCCUAUACAGCAAAGAGUGAUGUUUACAGUUUUGGGGUAGUCAUGUUAGAGUUAUUGACAGGUCGUAUGCCGGUUGACAGUUCAAAACCACCUGUGGAGCAGUGCCUUGUCCGGUGGGCAACCCCACAGCUCCAUGAUCUCGAUGCCUUGUCACAAAUGGUGGAUCCUGCUCUCCGUGGACUCUACCCUCCCAAGUCAGUCUCGCGGUUUGCUGACAUCAUUGCCCUCUGUGUUCAGCGGGAGCCUGAAUUCCGGCCACCUAUGUCAGAGGUGGUGCAACAGUUAGUGCGGUUAGUUCAGCGCUCUAGUAUGAACAUGAGAGAGGAUCUUGGUCUCGGGGCGUCUCGUCACUCGAGUGCCAUGAGCAGCAUGAAAGAGGAUCUUGCAGCUUCUCGCAGGUUGACCGACUUUUGAUGGUGAUUUGCAUUUUGAUCAAUAUCAUGUAAGCAAGCAUAUAGGAGACACAGAUUGAGUCAUUCCAUUAAAUGUUUUUCUCUGUCUCUCCCAAAGCUGCCCACUAUUUGUUAAUAGACUUCCUUCAAAAUUAAUCUCAUGAAAACCUGGGCCCUAAAGUUGUUCAAGGCAGUUUAGCUAGUUCAUUAUUGGAGAAGCAGAUUUGAGAAAGAGGAAAAAAAAAAAGGUUAUUGGAAAUUGUUCAUGGGAGACUACAAAGCCAACCUCAGGGAGAGUGUAUGCUUCAACAUGAUGCAUUUUGGGGGAUGGUUAGGAAUAGUUUGUAAACUUGGUCUUGUCCCCCAACCGAGUCUUGGUUUUGUUCAUUGCUCAAAUUGAUGAAUGUUGAUAUCAACUUUAAACAAUUUUCAAAAAUUGCUUAAUUUGCAGAGAUCUAUCUGGCUUGAGGAAUCAGACAUU